CAAAUAUCGUUUGUUAAACUCGCGAGAUGUAAACUAUUGUUUCAAACGGUCCAAACCCGAGCUUUUACACAAUCUAGUGGUUAAUUAAACACAAACUUUUAGCUAAUUCAAUCCAAUAUUGAACACGUCAGUGAAAAUCGUGAUAUUUUGAUUUUGUUUUGAAACGUUGUUAGCAAGAAAUUGUGUAAGCUGCCGUUGAGUGGCUGACUGAUCCAACGCGGAUAAAGUGACAUCUACCCACGCUUCCCAAGCUGCGCCGAGCCUGAGAAGAAAUCUCAGACAUGGACAGCAGCAGAAAGAAGGUGACGUUUAAGUGGCGACGAACUGCAAUCACCUCACCCACACAUCCUCAGCAGAGGGAGGCUGGCUUAAGCACACCCACUCGCUGGAAUAUGUCGCCGAAUGAAGAUUCAAAUACUUUGCCCCUCAGUGAGUCUCCAGGACCUGAUGGCCUUGGAGCACUAAGUCUGGACACUCCCAAGAGAAAAGCAGUGGUGCUUGGUGAAAGCAUGCCCUCUUUUGGCAAACUUAAGCUGAGGAAGCUUUCAAGGAUAAAUUUGGAAAAAUUCACCACUUCAGAGGAGAAACCUAUGAAAAACUUAUCCAGGCAGCUAGAAUCCACAGAGAGCCAGCAAGUAUCCCCCCCACCUCUCUCUCCCGUCUUGAAAAAGGAGAGGACACCCGAAGAGGGAUCGAAGGCUAUCUAUAGGAGAGCAUUGAUUGCAGCCAUUGGCAACACAAGCACCGGAGGCCGCUUUCCAAAGAUCCCCAAGACUUGCACUAACAGCUUGUCUUUGCCGUUUGUGUCUUCACCAGUGGAGACUCAAGCGGCCAGUCCAGCAUCACUUGAUGGAACGAUACUAGAUAUUAAGUGUUCCUCGAUCAAACCUGAAAAUAAAUUUGAAGACAACGGCACUGUCCAGGGAGAACAGUGGUCCCCACUUCGGAUGUUUGAGGACAUUGAUGUCCAAGGUGACAGCUCAGAGCUAAAAAAAGAUGGAAGAAGUGUUGUGCUAAAAGAAGAAGAUUCACCCAAGAGAUUAGUUGCUUCCGACUCUGUGUUUGUAGAAACAACCUCUCAAGACAAGUUAUUUGCUACAGAAACUAGACCAGAAGCCGAAGACUGUGACUCGUCCCUCCUUGCCCUGGAAUAUAUCCCAGAUUCUUUGACUUGUUGCUGUUCUGACGACCAACAAUGGGAAAGUCCUUCUGUGACCACCCAGGGAGAUGCAACGUUCUGUCUAACCUUUUCAUCCACCAAUGAAACCACUGGGGCUGUCCAGGCAGCUGCUGAGGACAUUGAGAUGCCUUACUCACUGUCACACAGGGAAGUUUUUGUCUCAGUCAAGCAGCCCCACCCAACAAACGUGGCCCCUCCAAAGGCAUUCAGAGUGGAGACAGAGCGUUUCAACUCCUCCAGCAUUACGGCCUAUUUAUCGGAUCCGUUCGCUCUGCCGCUACACUCAAAUAGAGGAGCAUUGAACCCUCACUUGAAGUCUACAACUACACGCAGGCAAUCAGAUGUUGGCUCUUCCAUGCGUCACCCCCCCUACUCCUUUACACAUGGUGGCACCCCUAAAAGAAGAUUUUCCUUGGGGGCAGAACCUAUGUGGAACAGUUACCCCUGUCUGAACGAUCAGGUUGGUUUCAUAGACACACACUGCCAUAUAGACAUGCUCUAUGGAAAGCUUGGCUUCUGCGGGACAUUCAACAGCUUUCAAAGGCAGUACCAAAGCAGCUUUCCUCCAGAGUUCAGAGGCUGUAUUGCCAACUUCUGCAACCCAAGGCUCAUGGUCAAGGAGGCCCUGUGGGAAGGUUUGCUGGCUGAAGACAUGGUAUGGGGGGCGUUCGGGUGCCACCCUCACUUUGCCAAAGAAUACUCAAGUGUCCAUGAACGCAACAUAUUGAUGGCCAUGCGGCAUCCAAAAGCUGUGGCAUUUGGUGAGAUAGGCCUGGAUUACUCCCAUAAAAACUCCACUGACUCCACCAGACAGAAAGAGGUGUUUGAGCGUCAGCUGCGUUUGGCUGUGGCCAUGCAGAAGCCUCUAGUGAUUCACUGUCGGGACGCAGAUGAUGACCUGCUGGCAAUCAUGAAGAAAUGGGUCCCGAGGGAAUACAAAAUUCACAGGCACUGUUUUACAAACAGUUAUCCAGUGAUUGAGCCCUUCCUGACAGAGUUCCCCAAUCUGUAUGUGGGUUUCACAGCCCUGAUUACCUACUACAAGGCCACAGAGGCCCGAGAUGCUGUCCGCCAGAUCCCUCUGAACCGCAUUGUUCUGGAGACAGAUGCACCAUAUUUUCUGCCAAGACAGGUGAGGAAAGAUGUCUGCAAGUUUUCACAUCCUGGUAUGGGCAUCCAUACGCUGCUGGAGCUGAGCCUGCUGAAGGGGGAAGACAUGGCUACAGUCCUCGCCACCAUCCGAAACAACACUGUUCAACUUUACGGCGUGUGAUCUUCAGAAAUGGAUAAAAA